UAGUAACAUUUUCAUGCAGGAAACACUGUGUCUGAAACAGAAUCCAGAAUCCAUCACCUAUCGUUCAUUCCGUCAAUUGUGGAAGGAGCAAGAUGUCGGCUCACAAAACAUUUAUUAUCAAGCGAAAGCUUGCUAAAAAACUGAAACAAAACAGACCAAUUCCCCAAUGGGUCAGAAUGCGUACUGGCAAUACCAUCAGAUAUAAUGCAAAACGACGUCACUGGAGAAGAACAAAACUAAAAUUGUAAAUCUGCUAUGAUGUGUAUUUGUUUUGCGUUUAUUAUUAUGCAAUCAAGUAUUCAUUCUUAAAUAAAUACAAAAUUUAAAACAUAAAA